AUGACUUUCUUAGACGAAUUGCUUGGUUCCACUCGAUUGAUUGCUCAUCGUCUUGCCUCACGAGGACUCUCGGUUCAAGGGCGCGGUUUGAUAGCCAAUACGUUGAUACUGAGCAGAAUAUGGCACUGUCUACGUAUCCUCACUGUACCUGCUUACUUUCUCGCCAAGAUCCGUGCAAUAGUUGACCAAUUCAUCAAUUUCAGAUCCUUCCCGAAGAUCAGCUUUGACACUUGUCGGCGCCCGCGAAAGGAGGGCGGUUUAGCGGUUCUAGAUCCAGCUACCCAACUUCAGGCACUUCAGCUACGUUGGCUCCGACCACUCGUACAGCCUGACACGGAAUCAAAUUACAACCAUUCUUUUGCCCUACAAACGUUACAAUACUGCUUAUGCAGUUUCUCGGGUUGCCCCAGUCCUAUUCUGCCUUUGGCCUUCGCAGAGCUACGUUCGCCGGACGUAAAAGCAAUGGGUUGCUGCAAGCUCCUAUUUCAAAGAUUCCGGUUUCGCGGAUAUACCUCGAUUUGCCGACUUGGAACGGUCGUGGUCGUCGAACAAACUGGGGCCAACUGCGGAUGAAGGAUAUCUUCGAAUAUAGUCCAAUUCACAACUGUUUGAGACAAAGAACUUACUUGUCAAACACAAGGUUUAAACAUCGAGUAAGCCGAUUCCAUUC